ACACACACACACACACACACACACACACACUGAGCUCAGGUGCAGUGAAGGAUUGAUCGGCUUCAGCGAGCCUUCAGGUGUUCGGAGGAGAGAUCGAGGAAAAGAAGAGAGGCGAGAUGGAUAGAGAAAAUAAGUUCAGAAACCCCAGGAUGAGUUUACAUGAGAAGUGGAUGCGGCCUCAGCUUGCGUUUCCAAAAGCGAAGCAGGAAGCUGUUAGUCCUCAGCAGCAGCAGCAGCAGCAGCAGCAGAAGAAGAAGCCUUUGAAAGUCCGGCUGAAGGAGACACAGGAGGAGCUGAGGAUAGAGAAGGAGGCAAGGGAGGAGCUGGACAAGGAGAACACAAAACUGAAGGAGGAGAACACAAAACUGAAGGAGGAGAGGAACUUCUUUAUAAAGGAGCUGGACAAGAUGGAGCAGCUGAGGUGUUGCGAGAUGAAGCUGUACAAGGCGCUACUCCAUGAGGAAGUGUACAAGAUGAAGAUGGAGACGGAGAACCUGAGAGCCACCUUGAAAACGGAGGAACAGGAAAAAUUCAAGCGUCUGGAGCAAGCCAUGGAUUUGGAGCGUGAGCAGUGGAAGCAGGAGCGAGAGAAGCUCCUGAUAGAUAAAGAGAAUCUGAGAAUGCAACAUGAUGACAUGGAGAAACAAAAGCUGGAGAUUGAAGCCACCUGGAAAGAGCACAAUGAUUGCUGGGCUAAGAAGACUUCCACAAUGCUCGACAUGAUUGAGGACAAGAGUGAAAUGAUCAAUAAACUGAAAAGAAUGGUAGAACUACUUCAGAAAGAUGCAGAGAUGAAGAAACAUGGGGUUAUGGACGAGGUCAAGAUACCUUCUAAAAAUAAGCAGAAUUGUUUUUUCCCACGGUUCUUCCAGAAUAAGAAAAUUAGGGAGGAGGAGGAGCAAAUAAUGGAGAUUGAGAGAUUGGUGCUCCAGCGGAAAGAAAGCAGGGCCAAACAAGACGACAUGGCAUAUGUAAUGGAGGCUAUUCUGGAGGAAAUGAAUGAAAUGAAGCGGUCUCUGGCUGAAAAGGAGGGGAUAGAACUUGAGUAUGAGAAAGAGAGGAAAGAGUUUCAGGCUGAAAAGGAGAAGUUUACAAUCAAGCUUGAGAACCAGACAAAGAACUUGGAGGAGGAGAGAAAGCGAUGCAACAUACUCGAAUCCAGUUGGAGAGAACAUUCUGACCAAGUGGAGCAGAAGAUUAUGGAGAAGGACAGACUGCUGGAGAAAAAAAACAAAGAGAUGGAGGUCCUGAAAAGAACCAUGGAGGCCCAGCAGAUUAACUACGCCCAAGCUCUGGAAAAAGAGGAGGUUCUAAUGGAGGAAAAAGAUAAACCGAAGAGAAGGCCUGUGGAUGAAAAGGAGAUGGAGGUGACCGAGUGUAUAAAACCUAGGGAGGAGCCGGAAGAGAACAUAGUGAUGGACAUUGUGCUGGAGAGGGAGGAGGACAUGGAGAUGGUCAAAGGUUCCAGAGAAGGACAUGGGGAUAACCAUGAAACUGGAGCCUAAGAAGGACAAGGAGAUGACUUCAUAUGCAUGCAGGAAGAUGUUCACAGCAUCAAGCAGUGACUGACUUGACUCUCUCUGUUUACCUGAGGAAAUGUCGGCCCCCGGGACGCAUCCAGGGUACAGCAACAACCAGUACAGCAGUGAAGGUCUAACAUGUACACAGAGCCACAUGAUAAACCCUCAGUCACUUACAAUAAACAUCAGUUUAAUAAUAAACUCAUACAGACAUCUGUGGAACGUGUGUAAGAAACAAAUUUGCUCAGGGAUGUGACGUGAACUUCAGAAGGCAGAUUCCUGCUCACUUUAUAACGAGUGUGUUCGACAGGAAACCAAUGCAAUUUCGACAGGAAACCGGUUUUAUUCAAUGCUCAAAUUAAAUAAAUCUAUUUCACACAA